AUGGUGAAAUUUUUAGGUUAUUUCGAUUCUGGCUCAGAUGCCAUGAAAGACAAGUAUUCUAAUGACUCUUCUGCUCCAGAUUUCCCUUCAAAGAAAAUUUGGACGCGUCUUUGGCCACUUAUGGUUGCUUUUUUCUUGUGGCAAUGUGUUCUGAACAGGUUGCCAACCUUGGAUAAUUUACACCAAAGGAACUCAUCUCUAGUGACUCCUAGUGGUAAUAUUAUUGCAAAUGUUUGCUGCUUAUGUAAGCUUACUGCCGAGUCUAAUACACAUUUAUUUCUGGAGUGCUCUUUAACUAAACAGAUUUGGGGAUAUUUUUCCUUGGAAGCGGACAAGUCCAUCAAUUUUUCGGGUUCAACUAUGGAUCUUAUUAACAACUGGUCAACUUCUCGUUUAUCAGUUCGUAGUAAAGAGGUGUGGAAGCGUCUACCAGGUGCUAUUCUUUGGGUUAUUUGGAAUGAGAGAAACGCUAGAACUUUCUAUAAGAAGGAGCGGAAAGUCGAGGAGCUGAUUAUCGACAUUAAAAUGAAGGUUUUUCAAUGGGCUAGAUACUCUCCAUAUAUGUCCGGGAUAGCAAUUAGUGAUUUAAUUGUUAAGCGGGGAGAAUUGUUCUUCAAACCCCCGUAA